CGCGGGCGCGGUGUGAGGCGCGGGGGGAAGGAGCUCGGCCCUGAGGGGAGCGGCGGAGCCCGCAGUGCUUCACCCCCGGCCUCCGUUCGCCGUUCCGGGGCUCUGCGCCCCGUUAGGUCCCUUCACCGCAGCCUGCACCGAGGAACGGCGUGAGGCGGCCGACAGCAAGCGGCUGAGAGCGGUUCACGGGUCCCGCCGCGGGGAGCGGAGCGAGCGCGGGGCGGCGGUGGAGGCUCCUCCAUCAUGUCGGCGGGCGGGGACUUCGGCAACCCGCUGCGGAAAUUCAAGCUGGUGUUCCUGGGCGAGCAGAGCGUGGGGAAGACUUCCUUGAUCACCAGGUUCAUGUAUGACAGCUUCGACAACACCUACCAGGCAACAAUUGGCAUUGACUUCUUAUCGAAAACCAUGUAUCUGGAGGAUCGAACAAUCAGGUUGCAGCUGUGGGAUACUGCGGGUCAGGAACGUUUCCGUAGCCUCAUUCCCAGUUACAUCCGUGACUCUGCUGCUGCUGUAGUAGUUUACGAUAUCACAAAUGUAAACUCCUUCCAGCAAACAACAAAAUGGAUCGAUGAUGUGAGAACGGAAAGGGGCAGCGACGUCAUCAUCAUGCUGGUGGGGAAUAAAACAGACCUAGCAGAUAAGAGGCAAGUGUCCAUUGAGGAAGGAGAAAGAAAAGCCAAAGAGCUGAAUGUAAUGUUCAUCGAAACUAGUGCAAAAGCAGGAUACAAUGUAAAACAGCUUUUCCGACGUGUGGCAGCUGCCUUGCCUGGAAUGGAAAGCACACAAGACAAAAGUAGAGAAGACAUGAUUGACAUAAAACUGGAAAAGCCUCAAGAGCAGCCUGUCAGUGAAGGAGGCUGCUCCUGCUAAUACCAUGUGGCUUCUUCCUUGCUCCAGAACAUCACUGCUUCCCCUCCCUUUACUCUUCAUUGACUGCAGUGUGAAUAUUGGCUUGAACCUUCCCCUCUCAGUAAUAACGUAUUGCAGUUCAUCGUCGCUGGCUGUCUCGUGGAGAUGAUCUGUUAGCUUCACAAGCACACACACACACAGGAAAAUGUCAGUGUCUUCAUUAUUUAUAAGAAAAAACAAAAAAAAGCCAAAAUAUUCCAGCAUAUUCUAGUUAUAACUUAAAAAAAUGACAAAAAACCCACAAAAAUAGGUACAAUUUCUUAAUAUUUGUUCCUUUUUUUAAUAUGUUAUGAUAUUGCACUUUGAAAUGAUGGCAACUGGGGAAGUUUGGCAUUGGACUUAGAGGAGAUGUACGUGCAGAAGAACGUGUGGGAAUCUCAAACCCAUUUGGUUUCUCUUUAGUAACCUGGCAAUGACUUAGGGAGCAGUCAGGAAGGCAAGAGGAGGGUUAAAUCCUUAUCAUAAUAAAAGCAUUAAACCCAAGCUCUUAAAUCUUUUAAGCAGAGAUUGGUUUUCAAACCCCCUCCCCAUUGGGAACCAACCUUAAAGGGGGUUUCAACACCACCAAAGGGUUUUUGAGCUCUCACAGAGGCAACGGGAACACAGCUCCAAGAGAGCAUCUGGAGAACACACACAAGAAGUGUCUUUGGGAACGGGCUCAGUGGCUUCUGGAGGUCCUGGGGGGGAAGGAAAGGGUGGAUGUGCAUUAGCAAAACACUUGCAGGAAACAGGGAGAUGGUAGUUGGAGUGCAGGAUGAGUUUGGGGUUUCCUUUUGACAUAGGGUACUGAUGACUUAGAUGGGGACGGAGCGGGUCAGGCUGCAGGAGAGAGCGGUGGAGUUCUGUGUUCUUUUUCAUUGUAGGGGAAAUAGGAAGUGGAUUCGGGACUGGGUGAAACCUCUUCCAUUGAGCAGGAAUGAGGAUGGAGCAGGCGGAUCCCCCAGCGGAGAGGCUGUGGUGAUGCACCAGUCCCAGCUGGGACAGAGGGGAGGCAGGAGGGGGAUCACUGCACCCCUUUCCCAUAGGAUUAUGCUAGGUCGGCAGGGGAAGGGGCAUUUCCUAGUGGAGAGCUCUUUAGAUGGAAGGGAAAGGAGUUGAAUAGGAUGGAAACCAACUUCUGAUUAUCCAGAUUUAUGCCUUUAAUUUUUUAGCUCUUUUUUACGUUCGGGCUUUAGUUUGGUUCCUUAGAGCUGUAUAGUUUGAUCCAACCCUUCCCAAUACCCCAUUCUCUUUCCUUAAGCUUCCAAAUAACCCUUUUUUGGUGGUUUUUUAUCCCUUGGAUAUUUAUUUCUUUGCUUCAUUUUAUCCUUUGUUUCAUGUCUCGUUUCGCCGAGGAAUCCGUUCUUAGAGCUUUGCUGAUGUGAGAUGUAGCUACCCCGGCACCACCGAGUCCACCACACACUAGAAGUGCACCCUUGUAAUCUUUACUAGUCCUUGUGAAGUUGCUGUGUAAGUUACUAAACCCACAAUUGUAAAUACAUUUGUUUGCUGGGGCCAAUCUGGCUGAGUUACAAGUGCAGGAAAGGGAUCGGUGAGCCUGGGUUGCGACGGCUGCAUCCCAUGUUCAGGCUCCUUCUUGGUUCUCUUCUACCCCUUUAACCAGCUUAAGGAUAACCAAGUGGGGAAAGAGAGAAGGGAAUCGUCCUCACCACCACUUCCACCGGGAAACGGGGUAGGAAACGUGGGAUUCUUCAUUCCUGAUGGGAAUGUUGGGCCCGUGCCCUGCCCUGGGUUUCUAGCAGCUCUGCACCAGAAUAACUUCAACCAAAAGGCAGAAUGGAGAUGUAAAGUGCUUUUCUAAUGCAAUAUUAAAGGCGAGGUUUUUCUUUUGACGUGGCAUGUCUUGAAAUAAACAUCAAUGAUAUGUGACAAA